AGGUCGGAAUUCAGCCUUGGCAACUCAGCAUCCGAUCUUGGUCUAUUGUGAAAAAAUGAAUACAAAAUUUUAUUCGUGUAUUGAAUGUGGAGCCAAAAACGUAGCCUUAUUUCAAGUAUUUAGUGAAAAUGCAUUAACUUUGCAGACAUGUGCUAACUGUAGUAAGGUCAUUGACAAGUAUGUUGAAUAUGACUUUACGGUUAUAUUAAUUGACAUAUUAUUGCUAAAAUUCUCUGCCUACCGGCAUGUGUUGUACAACUCAAAUACCAAGACACACCUGUCCCGUCUUCUGGCACUUACUCUGCUUUCGUCUAGCUAUGUUGAGUGGGUAUAUCAAAAAGGCCAAAUUCAACAAAGAUCUGAAUUCAUUCUUUAUGAACUAGAAUGGAGCUUUUAUAUCAUGAUUGGGCAAGAAUUAAUUACUGUUCAACUUGUUUCUUGUUAUGUUAUCAGAAGCUGCUUUGUUUUCUUUUACAUUCAUGUUACUUGGAUUCAUGUCUUCAAUGAUGAGUGUCUACCGGGAAACAUUUUCUUGGACACACAUGCUUUGUGGGAUGGCAAUGAGCUACUGCUGGAGUACUGUACAUUUGGUGGAACCACACAAUUCUGUAAUAAGAAGGAUAGGUAGAAUAGAGUUAGAAGGGAAAUGCACGAUUACGAUUAUAAAUGAAUAUCAAGCCCUGUCGCAUUGCUGAAUGUGUUGAAUCAAGCUUGCUACUUGGCCAGUAGGGUCAAGUAUAUAGCAAGUGUAAACUCAAGAUUUUAAAAAUUAGAAAAUACUAUCAUAACAUUUUGAGUUUCGAAAGAAAACAGUCAGUUUUUGCAACGACAAGUUAUUCCGUUAAUUGGAUGGCCACCGCACGCCGGUAUGGAUGGAAGAUCGUUAAGUGACCUUUUGUUGCACACUUGAGUUGUCUUAUAGCCGGUACAGAGCAGCAUAGUCAUGUAAUCCAUAACUUUUUACAUUUCAAUUUUGAUUGUACUUUUUACCUACCGUACUGUAAUAUCCGAAAAUACGAGACGAAAUACUUAAGCCCAUAAGGCAUCGAAGAAAAA